GUUUUAAGAGGGUUUAACUCUGAAAGCGGCUCAGCCCUUCAAACCUCCUUCCCAGUUGCCUGCCUGCCUGCCUGCCUUCAAUCGAUCUCCCUUCUUCCCCACUCCGCUUUUCACUUCCAUGACUCUUUCCAAUAUCCCAUGAUCUCCUUCACAUUAUCGCUACAUCGUAACUUCUUAAACUCAAUAACGAUCGCUUCUCCCAGUAUUCCUUCAAGAUACCCUUUUUAGGUUCCCCUUCCAAUCCCUCAGCUGCUGCCCGUUCUUCCUAGCACCGUUCUCUUGACUUACUGCGAAUAUGUGGAGGAAUUUCGCCAGACGAGUUUCUUCCACCAAAAGGGUCAAAUUCCCUUCAAGCAGUGCUUCCCAAUGUCAAGAUUCCAACUUUCUCGACAGAAUUAGACCUCCGGUGCUUCCUUCCUGCUACGAUUCCCUCCUCCAAAGCGCCGGAUUCCGCCGAAGUUGCUUCUCAACCAUUCAAAAUGUGAACUUGACCGGACCCUAUUCGAGUAUUCCGGCGGGUUAUUGUACGGUACCUUCGUUGAAGCGCUACGGGACUGCGGCGGCGCAAGUAGUUUCCUCGACGGACGAGUCCGACCUUUCUGGCUCCGAUGAGCUGCAGGAAAUGGUGAAGGAAUUCAACAAGCAGCAGCAGCAGCCGCAGCAGAAAAUGGAGUUGCGGCAACCACAGCAGCCGCCGCAGCCUCGCCGGCCGAAGAAGAUGGUGGCGGGAAUGGGCAUAGGGAAAUACAAUCUGCUCAAAAAGAGGCAGGUGAAGAUGGAGACGGAGGCGUGGGAAGAGGCGGCCAGAGAGUAUCAGGAGCUUUUGGUGGAUAUGUGCGAGCAGAAAUUGGCUCCCAAUUUGCCUUACGUGAAGACUUUGUUUCUUGGAUGGUUUGAGCCUCUGAGGAAUGCAAUUUUGGCGGAUCAGGAAGCUUGCAAGGAAAAGAACUCUAAGGCAUCUCAUGGGCCUUAUUUCAAUGAGCUUCCUGCUGAUAUGAUGGCUGUUAUAACGAUGCAUAAGAUGAUGGCAUUGUUGAUGACUACUAAUGGAGCUAAUGGGAGUGUGAGGGUGGUUCAAGCUGCUUGUGGUAUAGGUGAAGCAAUUGAACAUGAGUCCAUGAUUAAUAAGUUCUUGGAGAAGACUAAAAAGAGGGGCAAAAAAGCAAGCAAACCUGAAAUUGAACCCGACAGUGCCAGCGUGGCAAAUACAGAGGAGAAAUCAGGUGAAGACAGCAAUAAACUUAGAAAAAAAGUUACUACAUUGAUGAAAAAGCAAAAGCUUUAUCAAGUGAGGAAAAUGGUGAAGGAUCAUGAUGAUCCAACGCCUUGGGGGCAGGAAGCACAUGUUAAGGUUGGCUGUCGGUUGAUCCAAUUGCUGAUUGAAACCGCUUACAUACAACCUCCCGUCGAUCAAUUAGGAGAUGGUCCACCUGAUAUUCGCCCAGCAUUUGUGCACACCCUCAAGACUGUCACACAUGAGGCACAGAAAGUCAGUAGGAGAUAUGGAGUGAUUGAAUGUGACCCUCUAGUCCGUAAAGGCCUCGAGAAAUCUGCAAGACAUAUGGUCAUCCCUUACAUGCCGAUGUUGGUUCCCCCUGUGGACUGGAGCAAAUAUGACAAAGGUGCCCACUUUUUCUUACCUUCUUAUGUUAUGAGGAUACAUGGGUCAAAACAACAACGACAAGUGCUUAAGAGGACUUCAAGGGAACAAUUAGAUCCUGUUUAUGAGGCCCUUAAUACAUUGGGGAACACCAAAUGGAGAAUAAACAAGAAGGUAUUAGCUGUAGUGGAUAGAAUAUGGGCAAGUGGAGGCCGUAUUGCUGGCUUGGUUGAUCGUGAAGAUAUUCCUCUACCUGAUAAGCUAGAAACAGAAGACGAGCAAGAAAUGCGGAGAUGGAAGUGGAAAGUAAAAAAUCUAAAAAAAGAGAACAGUGAGAGGCAUUCACAAAGAUGUGAUAUAGAGCUUAAACUUGCUGUGGCUAGAAAAAUGAAGGAUGAGGAAGGCUUCUACUACCCACACAACCUUGAUUUCAGAGGACGUGCUUAUCCCAUGCAUCCACAUUUGAAUCAUCUUGGUUCUGAUCUCUGCCGGGGUAUCUUGGAGUUUGCUGAGGGGCGACCUCUCGGAAAGUCUGGUCUGCGGUGGCUAAAGAUACACUUGGCAAAUUUGUAUGCUGGUGGCGUGGAUAAGCUAUCUUAUGACGGAAGGAUAGCAUUUACUGAGAAACAUCUUGAGGAUAUCUUUGAUUCCGCUGAGCAACCUCUUGAAGGAAAGCGGUGGUGGUUAAAUGCAGAGGAUCCAUUUCAGUGCUUAGCAGCAUGUGUUAAUCUCACAGAAGCAUUGAGAAGCUCCUCCCCAGAGAUGACCUUAUCAUACAUGCCUGUCCACCAGGAUGGCUCUUGUAACGGUUUACAACAUUAUGCUGCUCUUGGAAGGGACAAGUUAGGAGCUGCUGCAGUAAAUCUUGUUGCAGGUAACAAACCUGCCGAUGUUUACUCAGGAAUCGCUACUAGAGUUCUUGAAAUUAUGUGUAUAGAUGCAGAGAAAGAUCCAGCAACUAAUCCGAAUGCAUUGCAUGCCAAGCUUUUGAUUGAUCAGGUUGACAGAAAAUUGGUUAAACAAACAGUGAUGACAUCAGUGUAUGGUGUCACCUAUAUUGGUGCUCGUGACCAGAUAAAGAAAAGGUUAAAAGAGCGUGGUGCAAUAGAUGAUGGGCUUCUGUAUCCUUCAGCUUGUUAUGCAGCAAAAACUACCUUGACUGCUCUAGAAGAGAUGUUUGAAGGAGCAAGAAGUAUCAUGGCCUGGCUCGGGGAAUGUGCAAAGAUAAUUGCCUCGGAAAAUGAGCCUGUGCAAUGGAUUACUCCUCUUGGACUCCCUGUUGUACAGCCUUACCGACAACUGGGUAGACAUUUGAUCAAGACAUCACUUCAGAUGCUGGCCCUGCAGAGAGAAACUGAUAAGAUAAUGGUUAAACGGCAAAGAACUGCUUUCCCUCCAAAUUUUGUUCACUCCCUAGAUGGGUCUCACAUGAUGAUGACCGCUGUUGCCUGCAGAAAGGCUGGUUUAAACUUUGCAGGUGUCCACGAUUCUUAUUGGACGCAUGCAAGUGAUGUCGACGAAUUGAACAGAAUACUUAGGGAAAAGUUCGUUGAACUUUACGAGGCGCCUAUACUGGAGAAUUUGUUGGAGGCGUUUCAGAAGUCCUUCCCUAACUUAAAGUUUCCUCCUCUGCCAGAUAGAGGAGACUUUGAUCUGAAAGAUGUCCUGAGAUCUCCCUAUUUCUUCAACUAGUUUGGAUGUAAAGAAUGCUGGUUGAACUCAACAAUGCCAAAAUUGUGCUGUGCCAACUUUACCGGCCUACGGAAUAUGCAAGUUUUGUCCAUACCGGGCCUUGCCCUAGUAUUCUGAAAGACAAGCUCCGGGGACCCAUUCUUCAAGAAGAGGCUGGUUGACAUGAGAAGUCACCACAGGUCGAGUUUGCGAGGAAUUGUACAUAUUGCAACAGAGGAAAUGUGUAUAGUUUACUGGCUUGAGAUGUUCCUUUUGCAACUGCUCCUGUGAGGAGAAUGAGGAGAGGCCACUGGAACUGGUGAAAUUGCAGAUCUUUGAAGGACACAAGGUUUGGGUCAUGAUCAUCCUAAUUGCGCUUUGCUACGAUCCAGGUAAUUUCUCGAGUAAUAAGAAAGCAUCAGCAGAUGUUGGGAAAAGAAUGCGAGCUUGGGAUGCAAUGCAACUUUAUCGUCUUUUGCUUUAUGGUAGAUUCUUGAUAGAUUUCUUAAGAUUGGCGAAAAAGCUGGAGUGAACAUUGUAACCUGGGAUCUGGGUUGUCUGUACCGAUAGAUUCAAGGGAUGAACUCACAUUCUAUUGUACUUGUUGCGGAUGAUUACUUAGUAUAUGCCGAAGCAAUUUGUUCAAUGUGACACAAAACCUAAUACAAAAUAAAAGAGUGAAGGAAAUUCCAAUAGUAGAGACUGGAAUGGGUUUGGGUUUACUUCAGUUUACAGAAAAUGAAGGCAUAUACAUAAGCUUGUUGGGUCUCAAGUCAACACUGGAUGGCUGAGUACCAAUUUCUUUCAAUGGACUACCAUUUUUGUAUGAUGCAUGUGAUUGUAAGACAAAGUAAAACUCUAUAGAGGAAGUAACUAGAAGUGUCUAAAUUCGAUGUCUGUGUGAUGAUCUACUUCUUCAAAUUGGCGCCAGUUGCUAUGGAGAUAGUUUCUUUCUCAGCAAGGCAUAGGCAUCACUGUAUAUAGCAACUGAGCACGAGAGCACAGCUAGGAAAAUCAUGAAAAUUGACAAAAUCUUCUCCUUCUUUGUUGCUAUGGCAUGUGGAUCCCUGAAACCCCAACAAGUACAAAUCAACAAAAAUGAAGCUUUAUUUGGAACCGUUACCUGGAUUGCAAGAAAUUAGUUACGGAAGCACUAAACCUGAGAGCGAUUGCAGCUGGGAAGAUAAAACCGAGGCAGACUGCUGAUGUCGCCCCAGUGAACUGGAAAGCAUCCCAGAUACUCGGUACGAAAUCUGCUCCCAGAAAGAUCAUACAAAUGAGUGCUAUUGUGAGCAAUAUAAACCUUCUGGUAUCUAAAGCAAGAUCCCUGGCCGAUGGAAAGAGCAGCUCAUCGAUGUUGCUUCUCAGGGGGUAGAAAAGCACUGGGAAAACAAGCAUCAAGUGGAGAGCAUAACUGACUCGAAUGACAUCAUUGAGCACAGAGCUGUAAGGAAUGCCAAGGUCUGUGUUGAAGUUAGCCAGCACAUCAUCGAGUGUCGAGUCACCAAAAAGGAGGAAACCGAAGAAGCUUAUCAUAAUGUAGACAGAAGAGCAGAGAGCUAGUGAAGCUUGCACAACUUUUCGUAUCUUGGUAGGGUCUUCAAGUUCAUUCUCAAUUGUAUGAACGUUGAAAUGACAUAUGAAAGCUGUCACAAGCACGGGUACAGCAGUGAAGAGAUUCCAGAAUGAUGUGAUGCUAGUAACAUUAGGAAGCAACCUUGGCAUGGAGACGGUUCCAUUGAUCAAUUUGAAUGCUGCAAUUCCUGCUGUUAUGACGAGGAAAACGACUGCAAGUGCAACUGCUACAGCCGACGAGAACUUCAACGAAUCUAUGUGCUUUAAGCAUGCCAAUGGAGAAAAUACAGCAAAUGUCAUGACGAGGAAAACAGCAGUACGGCCAUUCCACCAUUGGCUUCCAAACCAUUCCUCCAGGACACCCCUCUUGUGAAUCCCAUUUGCAGAUGUUGUUCCAGAAAGUCAUACCAAUGAUGAUCAUGUAAACAACAAGAACCCCGACGUUAUUGAGCAGCACACAAAUCUGAAGCAGGGUUCUGCCGCCAUUCCCAAACGCGUCCUUCAUAACUCCGCCGUACGAUUUCACUUCCUUCCCGGCUUUGCUGUAUCUCAGCAGCAUUUCCAGCGACCGCUCUGUGAGAACCGCGACUAACACUAUGAGCGCGAUUCCGAGCCCCAGGCCCAGGAUUUUCAUGGUGGCUGGCAAUGCCAUGAUUCCGGCUCCGAUAAUCGUUGUGGAAAGAGUGAAGACUGAACCAGUGAAGGAAGCCCUGAUUCUGGUGUGACCACCAUCACCGAACUGCAAUUCCUGCUCCUCGUGAAGCAACAAUGGCGAAAUUGAUGAGGAACCAUCGAUGGGGAUUCGGUAAUUGGGUUCUCCCCUGCUCUUCAUUUGUUCAGUGAGUUUAAUUGAAGAGGAAAGAUGGUUCCUUUUUCGUGUUGGGAAUGGAGGGAAAAUGGAGGAAGGCCGCCGAAUGGAAUGAGUAGGCGUUCUUAUCAGUAAGAUGUGAAGCUGAGGUUAGUGGCAUUUUGGGAGUAUUUCUU